UCAAGAAAUCGACAAACAUAUCUGGAUCCCGUGCUUUUAUGUUGGCACUGGCCUGCGUGUGUCACCCGUCCUCAUGGCCAUGUACAAGGUGAAGCCCGUCAGUCCCGCUGACAUAAAGAUCGAUUUGCCAACGCGCAUGUACAGGUCACCGAAUCUCCACGCGCAGGGAAUGCACUGCGGACUGCGCGCGCUUCAGAAUGGAGAAGUGGAUCCUGCUCUGAAGGCGCUGGAGGAGCGACAGGAUGAAGUGCUGAGAAGACUGUAUGAGAUCAAGGCAACGGUCGAGGGGCUGGCGAAGACGGUGAGCACUCCUGAUGCAGACCUGGACGCCAGCACACUGUCACGCGGGCCGGCUGAGUCUGUGCUCAGAGGGACGGCAGAUCUGGACUCUCUGCUGGGCAAGGACCUGGGUGCGCUGAGAGACAUCGUGAUCAACGCCAGCCCUGCCUGUCCUCCUCUGUGCCUGCUGGUUCUUCAUGCUCUGCUGUGCCAGCGCUACCAGGUGCUCUCCAGUGUGCAUGUGCACUCCUCUGUGAGCGCUGUGCCCCCUCCGCUGCUGUCCUGCCUGGGCCCGCGGCACAUAGACGGCUACGCCCGCCAGCACUUUCAGCUCGGCUUCACUCUCAUAUGGAAAGAUGUGUCAGAGCUGCAGAUGAAGUUCAACACGCAGAGCAUGUGCCCGAUCGAGGGGGAGGCCAACGUCGCUCGCUUUCUCUUCCGUCUUUUGGGUGCCGAACCCCAGGACCCGGUCGCCGCCACGCAGAUGGACUGCUGGAUCGACACGGCAGUUUUCCAGCUGUCCGAGGGGGGCAGUAAAGAGCGGGCGGCCGUGCUGAGGUCACUAAACGCGGCUCUGGGGCGUUCAGCGUGGCUUCUGGGUCAGGAGUUCUCUCUCGCCGACAUCGUGUGUGCCUGCUGCGUGCUGCGGGCCGGCCAGACCACCUCUGCACCAGUUAACGUACAGCGCUGGCUCAAGUCCUGCCAGAACCUGGGCCACUUCGACUGCGUGUAUCCGUUACUACAGUGACGAAAGCUGUGAGAUCGGCGCAGGUCGUACUCUAGCUGGAAACUGAUACGCCAUAGUCAAUUAUAUAAUGAAAAGGGAAAUGCAACAUGACUUCGCCAAACACUGUAACAUCCCAGAAUCCAGUGUUAACUGAGCUCAGGUCUGUAAUAUGGAAUGUUUAGAAAUGACGUUUGAACUGGAGGCGAUCUGAAACUGAUCCCAGGCCUGGGUCAUAGAUGCAAACACUCAGAGAGAGGGCAUUUGGGAUAAUGAUACUGUAAACACGACUCCCUCCCGCCUUGUGCCUAAUAAAACGUUGAACUAGAAGAUGUUGUGUGUUGCUGUGACAUAAUCUAUCGGGUGUUUAAUGAAGCCUUUGAAAUUUGAACCCAAGGACCUACUGGUAUGUGACGGAUGAGAGGUGAUACUUUGUAGCUCAAAACCUAAUAAAGAUUUUCAUUUCGGGUUA